CCCAGCGCCGGGCGGGAGAGCGGCCGGCGGAAGCGGACCACCUUCAGCAAGGCCCAGCUGGCGCUGCUGGUACGCGCCUUCGAGAAGGAGCCGUACCCCGGCAUCGCCCUGCGGGAACAGCUCUCUAGCCUCACCGACAUCCCCGAGUCCAGGAUCCAGGUGUGGUUUCAGAACAGGAGAGCCCGGCAGCUGAACCACAAGAAGAGCGAAGCCGCCGCCUACCCCAAGCCGGCCUGUGGCAAACAAAAGACGACCCGCUGCGGUGGCAGCUGCCAGGAGAGGUCUUGGACGACGCAGGGUCUUGGGCCAGACCGGAGCCUCCUCCAUCCGCAGGCCGGCCUCCCGGGAGGAAACCAGAGUUUCUCUGGUCAGCUGUUGCCUUACUCGGGCCAGCUGUACUCAAGGCUCGAUGCUCACUUUAGGAGCUUGGAUAACACUUCUGGUGCCCCAGGUCAAGCCCCCGCUCACUUCGGUUUGGACUGCGUGGAAAAAGGGGUCCCACUCAGUGUGGGAAGUGUGGGGAGUCCCCCCCAGCACUCGCUGCCUGUGCAGCAGGUGCAGGAAUAUUCACACCUGAAGAAAUCUUUCCCUGAAAGCUACUACUCAGAUGCAGAUGUUUUCCAGUCUUGUAUAGAAGAUCACCAGUAUCUGGCAGCUAAAGAGAACAUGUACUGGAGGCCUGUCUUAAACUAUGUCAAUGCUAACCAGGGCCUGGGUGAUGAGAACUAUUUGUGUAUCAAGUCAAAUACUUCUCCCUUUGGGAAGAGCUCCACUUUCAGUUAUGGUGAAGGGGAGCCUAAGCUUGAGUUUGAGCAGAUAAGGCACAGCCCACCUCUGGUUGCAGCUAGUCACACUAGUCCUCCUUUGGUAUUCCCAAAAUCCGAAGUGGGGUACCAGGGGACUCUUGCUCCUCCAGCCCUGUCAUAUGGGCAGCAGCUGCUGGAGACAGCAAAUGACUAUGACCCUCAUUGGCUGAGCAUGAGAAAUGAAAUUUUGGGAACAGGGUUAAAUUCGCAGUUUGAGCAAAAUGGGGAGCAAGGUGGGCCAAAAAGUUACCUUUUCGCUUUUGGUGGCCAGAGUUCAACCUGUAAUUUGGGUCACACAUGAAACUGACAGGGGGUCUCCUUGACCAGUGAAAAAUUAAUGUGUUUUUUUGUUCAAUUGGCAAUGUUGUCCCAAGUGGCUAGAGGAUUUUCAGGCCUAAGUGUGGAGUGCUUUCUUAGCAAGUGUGGAGUUUUGUGUGCUGUCUGGAAGGGGAACGAAGAUGGGCAAAGUUAGCAAGGGCUACAGGAGAAUAACCUGCUGAAUGUGCUGCUUUCCUGCACUGUCCUACAGGAACUGUCACUGAGCUGCUUGCAGUAUUCCUGCGUGCCUUCGGUUUUUGGCAGCCUCACACUAACUUGCAUGUGAGGACCGAUGAUCUUCGUAAAUACAUGAGUGCUGAAGAUUUACUCUUUCUAUGCUCAGACUAUGCUGGAUUAAUUCUGACAGGAGGUUUGGGACUAUGGCAUUGGUUUGGGGGCCUUACUGCACUGAGUUUUGUUUCUAUUCUGGUCAGAAUUCACUUACUUUAAGAAAUUUGUUUAAAACAGACAUAGCUUUUAGUGGAGAAAGCAAAGGGGUACAAGCAUGAGAAGAGUAGCCUUGGUGGCAGGGGAUGGCUCACUGGGUAUGUUUGCAUUUUAGGUGUGCUCCUAAUAAAGAAACACCGCUGGUCUUUUCCUAGAUACUUAAUGUAUAGUGUUGUCAUUUUAAAAUGACCAUAUGUGUAGCUUUUUAAAAAGCAAUAUUUUUGUUAUUUCCUUUUGUGUAUUUCCAAUUGUCUUUUUUGCUUUUUUUCCGAAUUGUAAUUUUGUGUUUGCCAAAUGAAGGUUUUUUACCUGGGUGAUAAUGAACUUGUAGAACUUCACUCACAGGAAAAAAAAUAAAAAUUAUGUUCCAUCUUUGCAUUUGCACAUUGAGCCUAUUUUUAGACUUCCCAAGAUCCAUGGCUGUGUGGAAGACCACCUGUAAUCAUGGAAGUGUUCUUCAUUUGUAUCUCUGGAGAGCUGCUCUGGUUGUGUAUUAAAGCAGUAUUGGCCUAGGAUGCUGAAAACUAUACAUGCAAUUCCUUUUUUUUGUCCUUUUAAGAUGUGGCUCUGGAAUAUUUUAAGUAUGCCUUAAUACAUAGGUUAUUAACUUAAUUGCUUUGUUUAGAGAACAAAAGAGAUGUAAUAAAACU